AUGGCAAAGUUGAAACAUCCAUCAGCUGUAAGGCUCUUACAAAGCAACCAAAGGACCAGAAGCCGCCACCGUUCACUGAAGGACGUCAUACAGGAAGGAAUAACAGCAGGAAGGUUAAAACUGGCGGAAAAACCUCCCUCCGUUACAAUAGAUCCUUUGCCCCAACCUCAAGUCAACAUGGUCAACUUAAAUUGGCCAGUACAGAAGAGAGACAAACCAACGACAGAAGCUAGCUCCAGGAGAGGCAGAAGAGUCACAAGGGAGACUAGUCAAAGGCCAAAGGCAGCCAUCUCGGCUAGGGUAGUGUUGUGCAGCAAGUGCAAGUGCGAAAGUGAGUUAGAAGUGACUCUAGACAGGCAGAAUCAGCCCACACCUAGCGUUUUUGACAUUAUUGGAACAUCAUGUCAACAAGGCCCAAUUCCGGCUCCAUCUAAAGACAGAGCCAGAUAG